AUGGCAACUAAGCGAACAACAAUGGUUCUGGAAGUAGAUCCGGAAUUAGAAAGUAAAAUUUGCUACGAUAUUGGAGUAAUAAGUCAGCAAAAACCUUUGGGAGAGAAAAAAACCGAAGUGCAAAUACCAACAACAAAUUUACCUUCAAAACAAAAUUUGAAUCUCAGAUUAGACGAAUCAUAUGAGCCACAUGGCUCGCAGGUGCACCAAAAACCAGUACAGCAAGUUGCUCCCAAAAAUUUACCGCCAGCACAAGAAAUAAAAACGAUAAGUAUAGAAGAAAGAGAGAUAAGAGAAGAGAUAACUGCUGAUAAGUAUAAACACGGCAGUCAUUACGGUUUACCUGCUGACAGUAAUAAUAUUGGCCAAGCUUGUUAUAAUGAUAGCAACAAAUUUGUCGAUAGCACCAGACUUACCGAGAGCAACAGACUCACCGAGGAUAGCGUUGAAGUUCAAACUAAACCUGAUAUUAAUAAUGCUAACAUGAAAUCUAAAUCUAAUGAAAGCAGUAAUAACUUUCAUACUGGCUUCACGGAUCACGGAUAA